GGGUAAUUCACUGCCAGCAAUGUAAACAAACUUUGAAGUAAAAUCUAAUAUCUUCAACAGAGUUAUUCGAGGAAUAACUAAUCAUGGAGAAGGAAGUUGAUCCAUCUGCUCCAAACCUUCCUCACCAAGCUGACCCAGGAAACCUUAACAACAGUACCCACCCUCCUCCUGGGAACCCUACUCUCAAUGCUGUGCCUUCACCUCCUACAUAUAACAUGUAUGAUGUGCCUGAAUUUGAUGGGCCUCCACCAUCAUAUGAACAGUGUGUUUAUAAUGAUCCAAAAACUUCCUACCAACCUGUGACACAGCCAGAAGAAAUUCAAAUUGCAAAGCCUGCAGAUACUGGACUGCCAGCUCUGUGGUAUGUUGAUUUUUUCCCAAGAAAAGUUAUACCUCUCCAGCAACCAGUAGAGUAUUCAGCAGAACCACGAUAUGAACCGUUCAUGUCGUGUAUGCACCAAGCCAACUAUUGGCUGACUCAGAACCUUCACUAUGAGGUAAAGACGUGUGAGUGUAUUGAGAGGAAGGUAGCAAAGGAUGGCAGUGUAGAGGGAGAGACAACCCUCUGGAAUAGAUCUCACUAUAAUAAAACUGUUUAUGUGAGAGGAUUAAGAAUCUGGAUACAUGGUAAAGCAGACCCUAAUGGUCCUGCUCAACAACUGGCCCAUUUCAACAUCAAGCCAGAGGUCCACCAAAUUUCUCUGACAGAGACCGAGGAAUUCCAACAGAGUAUGGCAUUGGGCAAUGCCAUGGCAAUGAGCAAUAUGAUGAUGGCUGGUCCAUUUCGUAGAAGGCAACACAAUGCUAUGAAUAUGGCGAUGAACAUGCAAAUGGCAGCAAAUAUGUGUCAGGGGGUGACGAUUCCAAAGUUUCAGUCAUUAGAAGAUGCAUUGAAGCAAUGGAAUGAAAGGCUUGAUGAAAAUCCUAUACCAGGUAAACUGCUGAAUAUUGAAACAUUUGAGAUGAAGUAUUCCGAGACAUCAUUUUUUGAGAGCACAGAGAAUCAUGUUGAUCCAGAGGUGACAGCUUGGACACAAAGGGAAUCAACCAGUAAAAUGUUUGUCCAUGUAUUGAGAGUCUUUUAUGUUAUUGGACCACCUUCUGGGGAGAAAUUAGGAAUAAUGAACUUCACCCCAUAUUUACUGGAAGAAAUGCCACGCACAUUCUCUGUAAGACAACCAAAGUUUGAAGCAUAUACCUCUGUAUUGGAUAGAGCAACUAAUUGGGUUGUACAGAACCAGGCCAUUAACAGAGUAACUAACAUUCAAUCUAUCAACCUGAGAUGGGAGAGGUUAAACUUGAAAGCCAACAUUGACCCAAACUCAAUGGCCUUCGCAGAGAAUCCCUAUGUUGAUACACAAUUUGUGAGGACAGUAAGAAUAGCAUACGCUAUCAAUCCUGCCCCUAUACCCCCUGAAACACCCAUGUUACUUACUACAAAGGUGAUGUGUCCAUAUAAGGUUGGAGCAAGAAUAUUUGAAACAAAUGGACAGAAUUUACAGCGUGUGGUCGCGUGGCUCCAUCUGUCAGGAGCAAAGGUACUUUGUGCCGAAACAGUGGAAUACAACUUCCACCCUGAUGCGAAGAUAGUUAGAUCUGACGAAUCAUACUGGAAAGUUACUGGACAUACUGGACACUAUUGGCUCUGCUGUUUCAGGCUGUAUAUUGUGGGGCCAUACACGGAACCUCCAGCUAGUAUGCUACCACCGCCUCCUGGAACUAAUGGUGACAGACAUAGUGUGGGAUGA